AGGGCAAGGGCAAGGGCAAGGGCGGCACUGACGGCGGCGCCUGUUUGUUCGCAGCCAUGAUCGUGCGGUUCCUCACCAAGCGGUUCAUCGGGGACUACGAGCCCAACACAGGGAGCCUGUACUCCAGGCUUGUUCACGUGGAGGGAGAUGAAGUUUCCAUCCAGAUCCAGGACACCCCGGGGUGCCUUCAGGUGAAGGAAGACUUUGUGCAGGUAUUGGACUCUUUUUCCAGAUGUGUGAAGUGGGCAGAGGGCUUCCUCUUGGUUUAUUCCAUUACAGACUACAGUAGCUAUCAGUCAAUUCGUCCUCUUUAUCAGCACAUACGCAAGGUUCAUCCGGACUCUAAGAUCCCCAUCAUUAUUGUAGGGAACAAAGCGGACCUCCUCCAUGCCAGACAGGUACAGACAAAUGAUGCAAUACAGCUGGCUAAUGAACUGGGCAGUCUGUUUUUAGAAAUCUCUACAAGUGAAAACUACCAAGGAGUCUGUGAUGUAUUUCAGUAUCUUUGCAAGGAAGUUAGCAAACUGCACCAAACCAGCAGCAGAGACAAGAGGAGAUCAUCCAUCAUCACUCGACCUAAAUCUCCAAACAUGCAAGACCUCAAAAGACGUUUCAAACAAGCUUUAUCUUCCAAAGUCAAGUAAAGCCCAACACUCAGAUCAUGUGCAUCUAAAUAGACUUUAUUUUUAUAAACUGAGAGCUUAUAAGAAAGUCUUUAUUUUUGUACUGCUGUCAGUGAUGUGUAUGUAGAUUUGUUGGGAAUACACAAUUUUCCUGCGUCUCUUCUUUUGUUUAAAAAAAAAUAAAAUAAAAAAAAAUCCCAUACUGCAACUAACUUGACAGUAGUAGUGGUUUGAGA